CCUCCGAUUCCGUUCUUCUCUAGUUCUUAGCUCCGGGUAUCACGAGGUGCAAGCAUUGGUAAUUGACCAAUGCUACAGUAUACUGCAGCGCGAUACCCACUUGAAAACACUGGCGAAACAGCAAACAUGUCCUCGAUGUGGCGGCCGUGUUGUGUUAUGUCAUUGAACACCGAGUGGCUUGCACCUGUCAAGGAAUGAUCCAUAAUAUGUGUUGGGUCUAAUGGAUGACUUAUCAGCCUUGCCAGAUACGCCGGCAAGGGACAGGGCUGAUGGUCAGGACGGCGAUCCGGCCUUGGAGAUUCCAGGUGCUGGUGUGCAGCCGGCUGGCGCACAGGAGCUUGAAGAGCUUGGAAUCCCCCCUGCAGCAGCAGCCGCACUUCGCGACGCGUUGCAACCGCAGGAGUUUGAGUUGCCUGGAAUUCCGGAAAUUGACGAGGAGCGGCGGCUGUACGAGUCAAGGCUUCCUGGCAAGGAUGGUGCUGAGAGAAUUCCUCGCUUCGAGUCAGUCCGCAUCCCUCAGGUGCCGAUCGACCCUGACAUCCGCUCCUUCCUCCUUGAUGUGUGCGUGCGAGCACUGGCGCAGCGAGAGGCAUCACCAACCACCACCGAGUCAUCUGUCAAGGCAAUGCUGGCAUCGGUGUUCAAUGCGCUGGAUCGGCCAGGGGCUAGUGAGCGGGACCGGGAGAUUGCUAGUUACAUCCCCCGCACCUUCAAGGAGGUGCUCACACUGGUGACAGUGCUGGAGCCAGCAUGCCGUUGGCCGCAGCUGUAUCGCUACAAGAUGUGCAAGUGCGGCUUUAUAUACCGUGGCGCACAUCAGAGCGCCAGCGUCUGCCACGGAAUCGUGAAGGCGCAGGGGGGUGGGGUGGAGGCGUGUGGGGUAAGCCGCGAGCAGGCGCGCGAGGUGACGUACAGCAGCAUCGCCAACUACGUUGAGCGCGCGUAUGCCAACCCGGAGAUUGCCGCUGACCUCUCCAGCUGGCGCCAGCGUCAGGCGUUCCCGCGCAUGGUGGAGCGCAUUGCUGCCCGUGAGCGGGAGCGUGUGGCGGCGCAUCAGGCUGCCAACGCCGCAGCUGGCCGCCCAGGCGAUCCGAUCCCUCCUAAGACGCCGGAAGAGAAGGCAGAGGACGAGCGGGACAGCCAGGCAUCAACGGACUCCAUGUUUGACAUGGUUGAUGGCGAGCUGGUGAAGGAGGCUCUGCGUAAGGAUCCUGCGUUCGCCGCGGAUCCGCGCAAUCUGCUGGUGGUGUUGGUGUCGGACCCCUUCAUCGUGCCUGCGGAUGAGCACGAGCGGUCCAGUAUCCCGUACCUCCUGCUGCCAGUGAACGCGUCUCCGGAGAAUCGCCACCACCUCGGAUUCGCUACACUCCUGUCCCUGAUCGGUGGCAACGUCAAGCCUCCCGGCAGCAAGAAGCCCGACCCGCUCAACCCCAACCAUAUGAUGGCACUCAUCCGUGAUGAGCUGGCCUUCCUGGAGAAGUACGGCAUACGGGUGUGGGAUGCGAGCAAGAACGAGUUCUUCAUCUGCCGUGUCAAGUGUAUCAGCUUCAUCUCCGACUACCGAGGGCUCCACAAACAUCUGGGCAUGAAGGGCUCGCCAGCCAAGUGCGCCUGCUUCAAGUGCUGGCACGAGGGCCAUGUGGUGGGGCGCAAGGCUGUGUACCCGCACAACGCGGCGCACCUGCCAUGCCUGCAUGUGCUGCGAACCAGCCUCGUCGGGCGCCACGUCCCACCCCCCAAGAAGCCACCCAAGAAGCCACCCAAGAAGCAGGCGGCCGCGGGUGGCCGUGCCAGCGACAGCGGCAGCAGCAGCAGCAGCGACGGCGGCAGCAGCAGUGCCAGUGAGUACAGUGAUGUUGAGGUGGAGUCCGAGGACGAGGCGAAGCGGCUGAGACGCCAGCAGCAGCAGCGGCAGCAGCAGCCACAGCAGCCGCGGCAGCAGCACGCUGUGCGGGGACGGGGCCCUGCUGUGGACCCCAACCUUGCAACACCACCGGCCCGCCGCACCAAGGCGGAGAUGUGGUAUGCAUGUAACUCGCCCACCCCCGGUGCUUCGCUGGUGCCGGUUCCAUGGAGGAUUACACUGGAGGACCCCAUUGGCCUUGCGUUUCCCCUGUACGAGCUGGACAGCUUCGACCCCAUCGGUGGCAUCAACUACGACGGCAUGCACACCAUCUACGGCGUCAUGCGGGACACGGUGGUGCGGUAUGUGCAGUCGUUCCGCAAGCGGAGUGCGGCAAUGGAGGAGUACGACAAGAAGAACGACAUCACCACCGUCAGUGGGCGUGGUGCCGGCAAGGUGGUGGAGAACUUCCGCGGGGCCCUAGCUGUGAUAGCAGCGAACGUUCCCCGUGCCAUUGCCGGGCGCCUGGCCCGCCUCACCACUGCGGGCAAGAAGGCCAAGUCACACUCCUUCUUCCUCCUGGCUGGUCCCUUUGGUGCGUAUGCGGUCAAGAAGGCUGGCAUGCCGCCUCGGCUAGAGGCGGCCAUGCUGUCCGUCGUGAAUGCUUGCUCUCGCCUGUGGGACAAGGUCCAGCGGCGCUCACAGCUUGGGCAGCUGCGGACGGCUGUUGUGGAGGCCAUCUGCCUGGUCGAACGCCACAUGUCAGCGACGGAACUGGACAUCAAGCUGCACAACUUGAUGCACCUGGUGGACGGCAUUGAGCAACUGGGCCCUCUGUUCACGCACUCCAUGUUCAAGCCUGAGAGCAUCUGGGGGCAGCUGGGCCGUUGGGCGCACAGCAAGCGGCACAUGGAGAUGUCCAUGUUCUUCAUGGCCCUGGACCGUGAGGUCAGCCUGCGUCUGCGGCAACUGCACCCCGCCAGUGUGAACGCCCCGCAGCGGCACAAGGAGGCUCAACGCCAGCUCUACGUGGGGGAGGAGGCGCGUGGAGGGCGUGCGGCGCCAGUGCUUCGCAUUCAGGCCCGGCAUGAUGCGGACGGGGAGGAGGAGGUGCCUGACGAGGGCGAGGCGACCAUGUGGGAUGAGGCCAAGUUCUUUGAGGCAGACCCCGUAAUCUACUGGGGCCGCUUCAGCGGCUCGCGGGACUGGUUUGACGCAGAGAGCAAGGAGGUGGAGGCCCUGUACGAGAGCGCUGGGCUGGAGCAUGCAAUGGGCAGUACUGUUCAGAGCGUGCGGAUGCUGAAGGAGAUUUACGUAGGCAGCGUCAAGCUUUCUCGGGGCUCGUGGUUCAUGUGCCGUGCGGCGAACGACCUGCCAGACUGGUGGUUUGGGCGUGUUGUUGAGGUUGUACUGCACAAGGGCGCUGACGACACGGAGCGGGCACUUGUGCGGGCCGAGUGGUUCACUGGAGCAACGAAAGAGGAGGCUGGGGCAGUGUCGGUGCCUAUUUGCGACCAGAUUCUCGCCCCGGUGGUGGCAUCGCGGCCUGCCAACAUCAUCGUGGAGACUGGUCCAUGGUACCUACCGGAAGCCAUUGUGCCAUGGCCGUGCCAUCUCGAACCGCACCCGGGCAACCCCAAUGUCCAGGUUGCGCUGGCACGGCACUGGCACAUUCUGCGCAACCUGUUCCCUUACCCCACCGUAGCAGACGCCGUCCGGGUCAGCAGGCCUUUUCCGUAGCAGCGCAGGUCGCAAGGUGUGCUCGGCACAGCACUGCUUGCAGCAGUAGGUAGGCAGGAAGCCUGCGUGACGUGUAUAUGAGCAAAUAGGGAGCGCCGGAGUAGGUGCUGGGAGUAUGUUGUGUGCUUGCGACGCGUACAGCCCUGUGCGUGUGCAUGCCACGGCGGGCAGCGGCGGUAGCAAGUAGUUCUAAUACUGACAAGGUUACCUAGGCAUGGCACUGCUUGCAGCAGUAGGCAAUGAGCGCAGGCGGGAAGCCUGUGUGACACAUACGUGAGCAAAUAGGGUGGGCUGGAGUAGGUGCUGGGAGUAUGUUGUGUGCUUGCGACGCGUACAGCCCUGUGCGUGUGCAUGCCACGGCGGGCAGCGGCGGUAGCAAGUAAUUCUAAUACUGACAAUGUUAGGUAGGCACAGCACUGCUUGCAGCAGUAGGCAAUGAGCGCAGGCAGGAAGCCUGCGUGACACAUACGUGAGCAAAUAGGGCGGGCUGGAGUAGGUGCUGGGAGUAUGUUGUGUGCUUGCGACGCGUACAGCCCUGUGCGUGUGCAUGCCACGGCGGGCAGCGGCGGUAGCAAGCAGUUCUAAUACUGACGAGGUUAGCUAGGCAUGGCACUGCUUGCAGCAGUAGGCAAUGAGCGCAGGCAGGAAGCCUGUGUGACACAUACGUGAGCAAAUAGGGCGGGCUGGUGCUGAACGUAUGUUGUGUGCUUGCAACGCGUACAGCCCUGUGCAUGUGCAUGCCGUGGCGGGCAGCGGCAGUCGCAAGUAGUUCUAAUACUGACGAGGUUAGCUAGGCAUGGCACUGCUUGCGGCAGUAAGCAAUGAGCGCAGGCAGGAAGCCUGUGUGACACUUACGUGAGCAAAUAGGGUGGGCUGGAGUAGGUGCUGGGAGUAUGUUGUGUGCUUGCGACGCGUACAGCCCUGUGCAUGUGCAUGCCGUGGCGGGCAGCGGCGUCAGCAAGUAGUGCUGUGCCGGAGCUGGGACGUAGGCUGGGGGCAACAGCAAGCUCACCCCGCACGCUGUAACAAUGGCACAUC